UUUGCUGGCAGCGCCUUGAAAGUCACCGCGAGAGGGAGACAGAGAGAGAGAGAGAGAGAGUAGGGUUUGUGUUUGGGAGGUGGGGAAAUGGAAGGGAUAACAGAGGGAGUGAAGAGCUUGCAUGUAUCUGAAGUUGAAUACCAGAAGAGGAAUCGUAUCCAGGUCUCCAACACCAAGAAGCCGCUCUUCUUCUAUGUCAAUCUCUCCAAGAGAUAUAUGCAGCAAUACGAUGAGGUUGAGCUGUCUGGUCUCGGAAUGGCAAUUGCAACAGUGGUCACUGUGGCUGAAAUUCUGAAGAACAAUGGAUUUGCUGUUGUAAAAAAAAUCCGUACAUUGACUGUGGAUAUGAGGGAUGAAGGAGAAACUCGACCCCUUCCAAAAGCAAAGAUUGAAAUAUUACUAGGAAAAGCAGAGAACUUUGAUGAGUUGAUGGCUGCCGAGGCUGAAGGCAGAGAAGUUGGAGAUGGCGAGGAGCAUAACUGAACAAUCCCUUCCCUUUCCCCAGAUUAAAUGAAAAAAGGAAGAAAUGUUGGAAGCCUGUGAGUCAUGGAGUGUUGUUUAGGAUUUUGCUAGAAUUGCUGAUUACUCUUCUUUCAUGUGUCAUUUAUACAGAAAGGGAAGCUUACAUUUGAAAUUAAAGUUCUGACCUUCAUAUUUCAGCUUGCCGUUUUAGUUAUAAAAUCACCUGUUCGUGUUAGGAGGUUA